UUCACCUGAAACAACUCAAAGUAGCUUACAAUUGAGAUAACCUUUCUGCGCAUCAUAAAAACAUGGAUUUACCACUUCUUUGGACAGUACUGAUACUCUUACGGACUUGUCUCUCGCUGCCUGUGGACGAUGGAGGGACAGCGAGGGGUGGCGGUUCCGCCGGCGGGGCAACCAAGGGGAUUUGGAAUGAAAGGGCAGAGCCAGUGGAUUUGGCGGAGCGGCUGGCGGGCCUGGAGGCGCUCUCUGAGAACAACCUCAUCAGGCGAAUACGCGAGGUGAAGAGCUCAGUGCAAGCCUCCUCGCCAUCUAGCCUCAUAGAUUCAGAAUUGGUAGGAAGCUGCGACACUCAACAUUGUCAAGAAACGGCUUCCGAAAUGCUUCGCACAAUGGACCAGACUAAGCCUCCCUGCGAUGACUUUUACCACUAUGCCUGCGGAAAUUGGGCCGCGAACAACCCCAUACCCGACACGUUUGGAAGCUACAGUAGCUUUGUCAAGCUAAGAGAGGUGGUGGAGGGGAAGUUACGAGCUCUUCUAGAAGCUCCGGCCUUGCCAGACGAGCCUUCAGCAGUCGCCAAGGCGAAGCUAAUGUACCAAGCCUGCGUCGAUGAGACUACCAUAGAAAACCGAGGUGAUACACCUUUUAGGGAGCUGAUAGAAAACCUCGGUUCCUGGCCAAUUCUUGAGGGAGACGCAUGGGACGAGGAUGCAUUCGAUCUUCUUGACACCCUGGUGAAAGGCCGGAAGAUGGGUAACAGUGCUUUGAUGUAUCUUGUGGUUGGAACUGACUACAAGGUACCAACUGAGCGCGUCUUGAAACUCGACCAAGGCGGACUCAGCCUGCCAAGUCGUGACUAUUACUUCCACCUGAGGAAUUCCUCCAACCUCAUGGCGUAUGAAGACUACGCCUAUAGUGUGGCAAAGAAAUUAGGUGUACCCGAGAACAGGGCGAGAAGAGAGGCCAGCGACAUGGUCGACUUUGAGAUAAAACUGGCAAAUUUGACGUUAAAACGAGAACAGCGACGUGACGUCAUGGCGCUUUAUGACAAAAUGUCGAUAGGAGAACUUAAGAGGCGGAUACCGCAGUUUGAUUGGCUGCGAUUUAUCAAUGGCGUCCUUGCUGACGUCAUCAACGCACCAGUAACGGAGGAAGAGCCGAUCAUAGUCUUGGCCGAAGAUUACCUUAAGAAGAUGAUGAGUUUAGUCGAAAGUACGCCAAAACGCACAGUGGCAAACUACGUCAUGUCAAUCCUCGUCAAGGACUCAAUCAUGGACUUAUCAAGCGACUUCAGGCAACUCUUGGGCGACUACAAACGGCAGAUGUUUGGUGUACAGAAGAACUUGCCCAGGUGGCACACGUGUGUCCAGCUCACGGAUCAGGCCAUCCCGUCUGCGGUGGGGAGGAUAUUUGUGGAGAGAUACUUUGACGAGGGAAGUAAACACGAGGUGACAGAGAUGCUUUCGAUGAUAGGGGACGUCAUGAAAAUGCUGUUGGACGAGGCACCGUGGAUGGAUAAAGCAACGACAAGAGUGGCGAAAGAAAAGGCAGAUGACAUGGUCCACCUCAUUGGCUACCCCGAUCGAAUCCUUGACGACGAUGAACUAGAGCAGGAAUACAGUCGUCUGAAUGUUAACCGGCUGCGCCAUUUUGAAAAUGUGCUCCAGUCGAUUGCCUUCAAGUCGGACAAGUAUCUGAGGAAGUUAAGGGAACCAGUCGCCAGGAGUAAAUGGGAUGCUACCAGACCGGCGGAUGUCAAUGCAUAUUAUGAUCCAACAAAGAACCACCUCGUGUUUCCAGCAGCCGUUCUACAAGAACCCUUCUACAACAAGAACAACCCUAACUAUAUGAACUACGGCGGUAUCGGUAUGGUGAUAGGUCACGAAAUCACGCACGGAUUCGACGACCUCGGCAGACAGUUUGACGGGGACGGCAAGCUGCACCAUUGGUGGGACCAAGAGACCAUCAGGCACUUCAAGAAUAAGACCCAAUGCAUGGUCGAACAGUACGGCAACUAUAGGCUAGAUAGUGUUAAUAUGAACGUGAAUGGAUUGCUGACACAGGGCGAAAAUAUCGCUGACAAUGGUGGCCUGAAGGAGGCAUUUCGGGCAUACCAGAAGUGGGUCCAAGAGCAUGGGCCCGAGCAGCGGCUACCAGGCCUCAACCUCACGCAAACACAACUCUUUUUCCUUAACUUUGCGCAGAUCUGGUGUUCAAAUGCGAGACCGGAGAUGGCUAGGAACCACAUUCUCGCAGACAACCACAGUCCCACCAUGUUCCGUGUGAUAGGCCCUCUCUCCAAUCUAGACGCUUUCUCAAAGGCUUAUAACUGCCCACUUGGGAGCAAGAUGAAUCCGGUCGACAAGUGCAGUAUUUGGUAGAAAGUGUUCAGGGAUGAUGAUGACGUCACAUUGAUGGAAACCAAUCAUACAUCAGGAGCCGUCACUCUGCCAAAUCUGCCAUAAACAUUCGAACAGAUGUGGGGUGUUGUCUGGAGGCUAAAAGUUUAUAUUUUCUGUUUUGUUUUGUAAUCCUGAAGUGUUUAAUCCAAAGUUUAUUCCUUGCAAAUAUUUAAAGAAAAUCGUAAAUAUCACUGAUACGUGCGUUGUCUGAACGACUUGGCGGGUCAAGAUGUAUCAUAUACUGUCAUUUGAAAUAGGCCAGAAAGACUACAUCCUGAGAUUCAGGUUUUUGAUACUCCUACCUCGUUUACAAUAGAAAUAUCGAGAGGCGGCGUAUAUUGAAAACCACUGGUGCCAAGGUGGCAAGACUACCGCAACCAUUAAGUUUUCUAUUGUUAUAGAGUAGACUACAUGUGCAUUUAUUGUAAAUAUCAAAUAAAACUUGUUUUGUUGUAUUGCACCUGGAAAUUGAAUACCGUACAUGCAGCAAGGGUUUGCAUGAUUUUAUAAACAUUAAGUAACGCAUUGUUACGCAUAUAAUUAUCUAUCCAAUCAACA